AGCUGCUACGUCGGACGGCACGUAGAGCGCGAUAAUAUUAAACUUUCAGGGGAACAUUGACCAUCGGUCAAUGCCGGCGGCAACCCCUCGUCAUCAGUAACAUUGCGACCCGGCCUUCGUCGAGUGUCUCCCGCAAAUAAUCUAGCGCAGAUUAUAAUGCUGUUCGCCCAGCAAUUUUCCCUGCCGUGUCUCAGCAAGUACAAAAAGUCCCGGGCGCCAAGCAAGGCCAUGGAACGUUACGAGCGUCUCGCCAGGCUCGGCGAAGGAAGUUACGGCGUCGUAUUUCAAUGCCGAGAUCGUCAGACCGGGCGGCUCGUGGCUGUGAAGAAGUUUCAACAGACCGAGGACGAUCCUCUGAUCCGUAAAAUCGCCCUCAGAGAAAUACGCCUGCUGAAGAACCUGAAGCAUCCGAACCUCGUGAACCUGUUGGAGGUGUUCAGGCGGAAGCGAAAGCUGCACUUGGUCUUCGAAUACUGCGAGCACACGCUGUUGAACGAAAUGGAAAAGUUCCCCAAGGGCUGCCCGGACUCGACAACGCGCCAGCUGACCUGGCAGAUACUUCAGGGUGUCGCCUACUGCCACCGGCUCGGUUGCGUCCACAGGGACGUCAAACCGGAAAACAUCCUUAUAACCAGCGACGGUGUCGUAAAACUCUGCGAUUUCGGUUUCGCGAGGAUGCUAAGCCCUGGCGAAAACUACACCGAAUACGUUGCAACCCGGUGGUACAGGGCACCCGAAUUGUUGGUAGGUGACACGCAGUACGGGACGCCGGUCGACGUCUGGGCGAUAGGAUGCGUGUUCGCGGAAUUGGUAAGGGGCCAGGCGUUGUGGCCGGGAAAAUCGGACGUCGAUCAGCUUUACCUGAUACGAAAAACUCUCGGCGAUUUGCUGCCGAGGCACAUCGCGAUAUUUCAGCAGAACGAAUUCUUCGCCGGUGUUACGCUGCCAGCGCCUCAGACGAUUACUCCCCUCGAAGAUGCUCUGCCUGACAGGCCUAGUGCCCCCUUACAGAUCGACUUCCUUACGAAAUGCUUGGAUAAAGAUCCCGAGAAGAGAUGGACCUGCGAUCAACUAUUGGAGCACCUCUACUUUGAAAAUUUUCACUUCAAAAUGCCGGACGUUGAGAUGGAAGAAUUUGAAAAAUUGCGAAAGUAUCGGGACAGAAGCAGAAAUGCGAACUACAGUCAAAUGGUAUUACCCCAGUUGCCCAAAGUUGGUAUGUCGCACAACGUUCAUCACAAUCAUCAGCAUGAAAAUCACCGGCCGAAAAGCUCCUCGAGACAACAACAACCGAACUUUGAUCAUUUGCCGACCAUAUGAGGGAUUCCUCGAAUUAUAAGCUGGUGUAAUAAUGAUAACAAUAAGAAUAAGGAGAAGAUAAGGAACUACGGCAUUAUAAUAGUUAUAAUGACAACAACGACGGCAUUAUUUCUCAUAGUCUAUACUGUGAAAUAUACAACUAUACUUACAUUCAUUAUCUCGCAAAGAUGCAUAAUCGUAUUAUCCAUUAAUAUCAUCUGCAUCGUUGGCCGGUACUUGAAUGACUUUUUUCCAAUUAUCACAAUUACCGAUAUUAUUAGGAUGAAAAAGACGUUGAUCCGUUCGAUUCCGUCGAACGAUUUGUACAUUAUUAAAAUUUACGAUAGUUACAAUUAUCACGGUUGUUGUUGUUGUUAUUGUUAUUAUUAUCAUUAUUUUAUUCUUAUGAACGAUUAUCGCGAUCGGCAGACCAUUAUA